AUGGUAUUAUAUCCAGAUGUCCAGAAACGCACACAACCGAAAAUCGACUCAGUGGUUGGAAAAGAUCAGUUGCCAACGUUCGAGGACAGAGCAUCACUACCUUACAUUGAUGCAGUUUUGCGAGAGACUUUCCGAUGGCAGCCCAUUUCAUGCCUUGGCAUACCACAUGCUACCUCGAGUGAUGACACAUACGUUGGCUAUUUCAUUCCAAAAGGUUCGCUGUUUUUGGGUAUCACAUGGAAUGAAAAGCGGUACCCCAAUGCAUCUCGUUUCAUACCAGAGAGGUUCAUCGACGUUCAUGGCGCGUUAACAAACGAUGAUCCCGCACAAUACAUUUUCGGCUUUGACCGUCGUGGAUGUCCAGGGUGGUAUACUGCUGAUACCUUCGUGUGGUCUGCCAUUGUGACUAUGUUGGCCACAUUGGAUAUCUCUUCUGUUAAAGAUGACCAGGGCAUAGUGAUCAGCUUUACUCCCACGUUCAUCACGGGACUGGUUGGGUGA